CCGACCGCCCGCCGGCCGUGAGGCGCCAUGGGCCCGCGGUGACGGCGACGCCGCGUCGGGCCUCCCUCGCCGCCGCCGCCGCUCGCUGGGCCUCCGCGGCCAUGGCGCCGAUGGGGAUCCGGCUCUCCCCGCUGGGCGUGGCCGUCUGCUGCCUGCUGGGGCUCGGCGUGCUCUACCACCUGUACUCGGGCUUCCUGGCCGGCCGCUUCGCCGCCCUCGUGCUGGGCGGGCCGCCGCCGCCGCCGGGCGCCAGCCUGGUGGACCUGCGCGAGCUGCUGGCGGCCUCGGUGGCGGCGGCCGUGCGCGGCGGCGCGGAGGUGCGGCGGGUGCGCGAGGGGAACGCCCUGCACGCGCGGGCCAAGGGCAAGACCCGCGAGGGCGCCGAGGAGAAGAUGACCAGCGGGGACCUCCUCUCCAACCGCCAGAUGUACUUCCUGCUCAAGGCCGCCUUCCCCGACGUGCAGAUAAAUACAGAAGAACACGUUGACGAAGAUGACCAGGAGCUAGUUUCCUGGGACCACACAAUUCCUGAAGAUAUCGAGAAGCAAGUCCAGCCUAAACUGGUUCAUGCAGAGAGUGUUACCGUGUGGAUUGAUCCAUUAGAUGCAACUCAGGAAUAUACAGAGAAUCUUCCACAGUAUGUUACUACAAUGGUGUGCGCAGCUGUAGAUGGCAAACCAGUAAUAGGAGUAAUUCAUAAGCCAUUUUCUGGAUAUACUGCUUGGGCAAUGGUCAACGGAGGGUCAAAUAUUAAACCGCGUUCUUCCUACAACGAGCAGACUCCUACGAUCAUCGUGUCCCGAUCACAUGAAGGACGAGUAAAGCAGGUUGCUUGGCAGAGCUUUGGGAAUAAAACCGCCAUCAUUAAAGCCGGCGGAGCAGGGUAUAAAGUUUUAUCUCUCCUCAAUGUACCAGAAGCAAACCAGGAAAAAGCAGAUGUCUACAUUCACGUAACAUAUAUCAAGAAAUGGGAUAUUUGUGCGGGGAAUGCGGUGCUGAAGGCGCUUGGAGGGCAGAUGACCACCCUGGCAGGGGAGGAAAUCAGUUACACAGGCUCAGAUGGCAAUGAAGGUGGGCUGAUCGCUAGCAUCAAGAUGAACCACAGGGCACUGGUUGAAAAGCUUCCUGUUCUCACCAAGACAUCGCCGAAUUGAAUUCCGAAGAGUGAGCAAGUAAGUUUGCAGAAAGGUAAAUUAAUCUUUGGAAGAUGCUGCAAAUUAAUUUGCUUUUUGAGGACCAUGUCUUGCCAUGGCAGCAUUUAGAAGCAAGUUGAUUGGAGUGCACAAUGGGUCUGCCGCUUCGGUGUCAAGCUUUUUUAAUUUUUUGAGACUGUUUCCUGCCCAAACACUACUGAGGAAUCCAGAUGGGUGCUUGUCAUAAAGGAAGCUUGUGGCAAUAUUGGUUUGGGUAAACCAUCCCUCGUUAUUAAAGUAUGCUUUGUAAUGUCUGGCAAAAGAAAAUACUGGGUUUGAUUCACUUGAAAUCUACCGAUAAAUAAUCUUCAUUCCUUUGGGAUACAAAGUCAGGAAAGCUGAACCUUCCUCAUGGUGGACUAUUCUAUAAAUUUGAAAUGAUAAAGGAAACAUUUGGAUCUAUUUGAAUGUUUACUUGAAAAUUCAAACCAGCUUAACGUGGAUGAGUGUUACUAUCUCUGUGGGUUUUAUUAUAUUUUUUAUUAUAACAUUUUUCUGUGGGUCAUUUAAAAGAAUGGUGUUCACUUGUACUGUUUCAACUACUGAAUAUUGCCAUUAUAAACUGUUACGUUCCUGAAAUGCUUUUCAUUUGGUGUUGAGCUUAUAAAAUAGCUACCUGCCUCUGAUCAUUUAUUAAGCUCUUUAAGCAAAGGAACAUGAAUAUUUUUUUGCCAACAGAAAAUGAAGAUUGUACAUCACGUGCAAACUUUUAUAAGGGAUUUAACGUAUCUUCUUCUUAGCUAUUUUAAUUAUGGAAUUUAGAAAUCUGUGCCCUAAAUCUUGAUUAGCCACUGUAAAAUUAUAUUCUGUUUUAUCUUUGGACUGGGCAUAAAAGUUUAGAAACUAUCAUGGAUUCGGAGACAGAUGGGUGCGAUUAACAGCUUGUUUUCCUUUUAUUGAAUGUAUUUGUGAGAACGACAGCUACGCUUUUGCUUCUUGACACAAAACAUUAAAGGCUUGUCUUAGCGUGAAAUUGUUAGCAGGUAGUAGCUGAAAAAAAUUGGGCAUUGAGUUGGUGGAUGGAGAUAAUCAAGGUUUGAGGGCAGAUUGUCCCACAUUAAUUUGGGGGCCGGUGGGAGGCCCGAGAUAUCCUUGACGGACUGUUCCCCUGCUGGUUUCAGAUAUGCCAGAAGAUUGUUAGAAAUCUCACAGGCAGCAAACUAGUUAAAUGUCACAGUACAAAAGGCCAGUAGAAACAACCCACAAAUGCAUUUGUUUUAUUGCAAAUACAUUUUUUUUCCGUUUAUACUUUUGACAAUAUGACAAGCUAAACUUUUUAAUUAAUAGCUGAAAAUGCAAUCCUGCAUUGUCUUCUCAGAAGUAAAUCUCAUUGUUUUUAGUGGGCUUUACUCAGAUCUAAUUUUUAAAAAAUUGCUGCUUGGCUGGUGAUAUUAGUUGAAAGCUUUUUUUUUUUUUUUAGGAAAUUAGGAAACGAGCAUCUUAAAACUAUUUGAAAAUUAAAUGCUCUACAAAUGCUGUCUAA